UACUCACAACACACAGGCGCGAAUCGAAAGUGAUGUGAGGCUGCUUGGUGCUUGCCAUCAACCGUCAGUGGGAUUUACGGCUAGAGAAAUGGAGCUGCCGCAGAAGAGAAAACGAAUAAGUCAUGCAUUAACCAACUCACAGCCUUCCAACCGCGACGCGACACCGUCCACCAGCACAAAUGUCCCAGCAGAAGCUGGAGGAGGGUUUGUGGAGGGCUCCAUUGUCCGCAUCUCCAUGCACAACUUCCUCACAUACGAUCACUCAGAAGUGUUUCCCGGUCCCAAACUCAACAUGAUUGUGGGAGCCAACGGCACGGGGAAGUCCAGCAUCGUGUGUGCCAUCUGCCUGGGCCUGGCCGGGAAAACAGCCGUGCUGGGCCGAGGGGACAAGGUUGGUCUGUAUGUGAAGCGAGGGUGUAAUAAAGGUUCAGUUGAAAUUGAAUUAUUCCGAGCGAGUGGAAACUUGAUAAUCACCAGAGAGAUCCAGGUGGAAAACAACCAGUCGUCCUGGAUGCUCAAUAAAAAGCACUCCAGUCAGAAGGCUGUGGAGGAGGCCGUGAAAGAGCUGCACAUUCAGGUCGGCAACUUGUGUCAGUUUCUGCCACAGGAGAAGGUCGGUGAGUUUGCUAAGAUGAGUAAGAUUGAGCUUCUAGAAGCCACUGAGAAGUCUGUCGGCCCACCAGAGAUGCAUGAGUUUCACUGCGAGCUCAAGACGUUUCGCAGCAAAGAGAGGGACCUGGAGAAUGUCUGUAAGGAGAAAGCCAACUUCCUAGAGAAGGCCAGGCAGAGGAAUGAGAGGAACAAGCUGGAUGUGGAACGUUACUACAUGAAGAAGAGACACUUGGACAGGAUCCAGAUGCUGGAGAAGAAGAAACCCUGGGUGGAGUAUGAAACGGCACGUAAAGAGAUGGAGGGGGUGAAGAAGGAGAGAGAGGAAAUGAAAAGGAAGCUGAAGUCGCUGAAAGAAGCUCAGGAGCCACUGGUCAGAAAGAUCCGGUCGGUGGAGAGUCAGCUGCAGCCCAUCGAGCAGCAGAUGAGGGAGAAGACCACCAGUAUCAGAGAGGUGUCACAGAAAUGCAAACAGAAACAUGAUCAGCUUGAACUGAGGAGUAAAGAGGUGGAUGACAUCAGACAGGACCUGAGUCUGAAGCAGACGGAGGAGGUCGACAGGCAGAAACGGAUCGGACACACACAGCUCAUGAUCCGAGACCUGCAGAAGGAGCUGCAGAACAUGAAUAGCAUGGAGGACGUCACGCCCCAGAUCGAGGCUGUGAACGCAGAGCUGAGGACCAUCCAGGAAGAAAAAGCCAAACUGGAGGGCGAGAGUUUGGACCUGCGCAGAGAUAAAGACGAAGCUUAUGGAGAAUUUAUACGUUUGCAGAAUCGUCUGAGGAGUCUGGAGGACCUGAUGAGGGUGAAAGAGGAUAAGCUGCGCAGCCGUUUUCGUGACACGUACACCGCCCUCAUGUGGCUGAGGAAUAACCGUGACCGUUUUAAAGGCAAUGUCCACGAGCCCAUGAUGCUGGUGAUAAAUGUCCAUGAUACUCGGCACGCAAAAUACAUUGAGAGUCACAUCCCUCUAAACGACUUAAGAGCCUUCGUCUUUCAGAGACAGCAGGACAUGGAGAAGUUCAUGGAAGAGGUGCGAGACACCCAGAAGCUCCGAGUCAACAGUGUCAUCGCUCCAGCAGAGUCCUGCUCUAACAAACCACCGUCACGAUCCCUCGAGACUCUAAAGCAUUAUGGCUUCUUCUCGUACUUGCGUGAGCUGUUUGAUGCUCCUGAGGAAGUCAUGAGUUACUUGUGCCAUCAGUACAAAGUCAACGAUGUACCUGUAGGAACAGAGAAGACCAAGACCAUGAUCGAGAAGGUGAUCAAAGAGGUUCAGUUGAGGAUGAUCUACACGGCGGAGGAGAAGUACACCGUGAAGAAGUCCUUGUACUCUAAUAACGUGGUCUCCAGUAACUCGGCACUGCGGCCCUCACAGUUCCUCACCACAGCCGUGGAUGCAGACGAGAGACGCCACCUGGAGGAGCAGAUGAGGGCAGCAGAGCGGCAGGUGCAGAGAGUUGAUGAACGGAUGGCAGCCAUUCGUGAGCAACAGGCUCGACUAGAGCGGCGUGAUAAUGAGCUGCGUGCUCAGAAGAAGAAACUGUCUGAGCUGAAAGGCAAGAAGAGACAACUGGAGCAGAAAAUCAGUACAAAACAGGACAGUUUGAGGCAGAUGGAGCAAAGUGAGUUCAACUUGCAGGCAAUUGAACAGGAAACGAAUGCCAAGAUCGCUGCUGUGAACAACAAGAAAGUGGCCAUAAUGGAGGAGUAUUUGAGUCACAUGCAGAUGAAGGCCAGGUUGAGUAUGGAGAAGGUGUACUUGGCUCUCCAGAGCGCAGGUCUCUCCGCUGAGAAAACCAAACUGGAGACGGACUGCAGGGACAGUUCCUCUGAACUCAAGCGAGCAGAGGUGGCAUAUACCAAGCUGGACCAGGUAAAGAACAAUCUGCUGAACACAUGCAAGACCCUGAUGAGGAGGGCCAGCGAGAUCUGUAACAUGAUCCCUGGAGAGACGGCGGUCCCAGAGGAACUACAUGAAGCCUUCAGCCAGUUGCCUGAUACACUGGAUGAGAUUGAUGCCAUGUUGAAUGAAGAGAAGACCAGAGCGGAGUGCUUCACCGGCCUCAGUGAUGCUGUGGUGGAGGAAUAUAACCGUCGCGAGCAGGAGAUUCAGAAAAUGGAGAAGGAGCUGGACGAGAAGACCAACGCUCUGACCACUUACCGACGCAACAUCGCUGAGGCGAAGGAGCGCUGGCUGAAUCCCCUGAAGCUGCUGGUGGAUCAGAUCAACGAGCGCUUCAGUGAUUUCUUCCGCUCGAUGCAGUGCGCUGGAGAGGUGGACCUGCACUCGGAGAACGAGGAGGAGUAUGACAAGUACGGCAUCCGCAUCCAGGUGAAGUUUCGCAGUAAUGCGCAGAUGCACGAGCUCACGCCUCACCAUCAGAGCGGAGGAGAGCGCAGUGUGUCCACCAUGCUGUACCUCAUGGCCCUGCAGGAGCUCAACCGAUGCCCCUUCAGAGUGGUGGACGAGAUCAACCAGGGAAUGGACCCUGUCAACGAGAGGCGGGUGUUUGACAUUGUCGUGAGAAGCGCUUGCGGUGUGAACACAUCUCAGUAUUUCUUCAUCACUCCUAAGCUGUUGCAGAACCUGCAGUACGCGGAGCAGAUGACCAUCCUCUGUGUUCACAACGGACCCCACAUGCUGCAGCCAAACAAGUGGAGAGAGAAAGCCUUCAUCAGACGUGCCAGACGCAGACACGUUUCCUGAAGCUCCCCAAUGUUGAGUUUAACUUCCUGUUCGGUUACAUGUUCAUAUGCUGUCGAGUUCUUAAAUAUGUGUGUCAAUGUUCUGAGUCCUGAUGACAGGAUUUUCUGUUCAAAUGCUCUUUCCUUAAACCAGCAAUGUCUAGUUUAUUCUUACUAAUCACUGCUAUUAUUAUUAUUAUAGCUCGGUUUUAGUCAUUUGAAUUUGACAAAAAGUCAAGGCUGGUCAUUAGGGAUGGGCAACGAUUAAUCGCAUCCAAAAUAGAAGUUUGUGUUUACGUAAUAUAAGUGUGUGUGGUGUGUAUAAUUAUUUUGUAUAUAUAAAUACACACACAUGCAUGUAUAUAUUUAAGAAAUAUUUGCAUGUAUAUACAUUAUAUAUAUUUAUACAUAAUUAAUAUUAUGUAUAAAUAUUUGAUAUAUUAAGAACACAUUUUUCUUAAAUAUAUACAUGCAUGUGUUAGUAUUUAUAUAUACAAAAUAAUUAUACGCACCACACACACAUAUAUUACAUAAACACAAACUUUUAUUUUGGAUGCGAUUAAUUGCGAUUAAUGGUUGCCCAUCCCUACUGGUCAUAAUUAUUGAGCUGGAACUUUCACAGAUACCAAACAUGAAGCGUCCCUGCAGAUUUUAAUGGUGAGGGAGUGAUAAGAUCUAGUUUAUGUUUUACAAUAGAAAUGUUACAUUUUGGCUUUGUGAAUUUACAGUCAUUUACCUGUUUUAUGUAAUUCAUAAUUGCACAAUAGUGUAUAUAUUAAAGCAUUUGUUUCAUUUUCGGCAUAUGAAUCAUAUUGAAUGUUCUAUUAAAAAAUGUUAGCAUUUGCAAACGGUUCGAAUCGAUUAAAAAUCUUAUUCUUGUACUGUU